UAAAUCUUUUUCCUAAAAAAUUCCUAAAAUAUUAAAAGAUAUUGUUUCAAUUCAUUUCAUUCAUUUGACAGUGAUGGUUUAUCCUGGUCCAGUCUUUCGUCCUCUCUUUGAGGUCUCUCACGGUGACGAUUGAUAUGUCGUCCACAGAAAGGCAUUUCAUGUGAAGCGGAGUGCACACCAACAAAUAACGGAAUUCCACAGCUUCGCUACCCAUCCUCAAAACCCUCGCCAUCGUAUUCCAUUACACCGAUUUGAGAAGCACCGAGGAUGCUUGAUUUCGGAGCUUUGAUGUCUGUGUGUGUGUGUGUGCGCGUGUGAGAGGAUGCAGCUUUCAUGAUGUUGCUGCUUCUAUUGUGAGGUUUGAGGUGGAGAAAAGAAGAGUCCAAUUGCAGGAGAAACCCACUGGAGGAUGCAGCUAUGGAGGGAAUGAGAAGUCGAGAAGAAGGGGAGCGGUCUCGUGUGGUGGCAAGGAUGAUUGCUGACUCAAGCUUCUCGCAAUGCUGGUUCAAAUAUGGACUCAUGCACAAGUGCCACUGGCGAUGGAUGUGGUUGAUAGUGGCACUUCUUGUGCUGGCAUUUUACUACUUUGGAGUGAGUUCGUCUAUGCUGCUCUCAGGCGUGGAGAAGGAUGUGCUCGCAGUAAACCUGAAAGACGGAGGGCAUUCUCGAAGGACAGCUUAUUCUCGCAGCCGGGAAGUGAUGGAGCAAGUUUACCAUUCGACGGACAUUUUUCAGAGAAGCUUCAAAGAGAUGGAGGAGAAGUUCAAAGUGUACGUGUAUCCUGACGGAGAUCCGGAGACCUACUACCAAACACCGCGCAAGCUGACUGGUAAAUACUCCAGUGAAGGGUACUUUUUCCAAAACCUUCGAGAGAGCCGGUUUGUGACAAAUGAUUCCGCGGCAGCUGAUCUCUUCUUUCUUCCCGUUUCCUGUCAUAAGAUGAGAGGCAAGGGUUUGAGCUAUGAGAAGAUGGCGGAUAUUGUAAGGGCCUAUGUGGAGAGUUUAAUCAUCAAAUACCCUUUUUGGAAUAGAACUGUAGGUGCUGAUCACUUCUUUGUAACAUGUCACGAUGUCGGAGUUCGUGCAACCGCAAAAGUGGAACAUUUGGUGAAAAAUUCCAUACGAGUUGUUUGCUCCCCAAGCUACAACGGAUCCUUCAUCCCUCAUAAGGAUGUUGCUCUUCCCCAAGUGUUACAACCCUUUCCACUUCCAGCUGGAGGAGAUGAUAUUCAUAAUAGGACCGUCCUAGGAUUUUGGGCUGGUCACAGGAAUUCUAAAGUGAGAGUAAAUCUGGCAGAUGCAUGGCAGUAUGACCCUAUCCUUUUCGUCGCUAAUAAUCGACUCAAUCGGUCCACUGGAGAUUACAUCUACCAAAAUCAAUUCUAUCGGAGUAAAUUCUGCAUUUGUCCCGCAGGAUCACAAGUAAACAGUGCUCGGAUUGCUGAAUCAAUACACUAUGGUUGCGUUCCUGAAGUUAUUAUGGCAGAUUUCUACGAUUUACCCUUCAAUGAUAUCUUGGACUGGAGAAAAUUUUCCCUCGUAGUGAGGGAAAGGGAGUAUGACAACCUCAAAAAGAUCCUCCAAGCAGUUACUGUGCAAAAGUAUCGUAUGUUACAUGCUGGUGUGCGUCAGGUCCGGAGACACUUUGAGUGGCACUCACCCCCUAUCAAGUACGACGCUUUUCACAUGGUUAUGUAUGAGCUGUGGCUCCGCAGAUUCACCAUCAGGUUCUAGUUUUUUCUCAAGAAAGUACAGCCAUAAAAUUGCCUCAUCAUGUAACGGAACACAGAAAAUAACAAGCUUGCAGCUUUUCCUUCAAA